GGCAGAGCUGGAGAUCAAGUCAGGUGACCUGAGUCUGAGCUGGGCUCCAAAGCUCUCUGUAUAUCGGCCCCCCAGAGAGUGAGACCGAACAGGCCUAGGCCCGCUCAACCAGGCUGGGGGAUGUCUAGGGCUGCAGUGGAGGACCAGGGACUGAGGCCAAGCAGGCCAACACCCAGCACCCAGGGGGAGGAUGCCGGGGCCUCUUGGGGUUAGGUUAUCUACUCUGGACAGGAGCCAUUUGGGGGGGGAUAUGGUGGUACUGCACGGGGCACAGGCUAGGCCUGAAGCUGACCCUGGCUAGGGCAAUAGGGCUGGGAUAUGAUCAAAAGCACAUGGAGAUGAAAACCAGUGUCCCAAAAUCUGGGCCUUGAAGACUAAAUCUUCCCCGACCAGUGUUGGGGGGGAUGGAUAAUCAAACUGGUAUGCUGUAGUAAGAAGGUUACCAUCCACCGAUGGGUAGACAGAGGCUCGGGAUAGUUGUGCAGGUUUCUCACUGCACAAAACUGAGGAGUAACUAGAGCCAAAAUCCAGGCUGUUCCCUAGUUGCCAGGUCCUAGUGUGGUGCUGCAUCCAUCCCGAGGAUGGGGUGUUUUCUUUCUGAUUUGCACAAAGGAGACUUACAGGCUAGCAGUCACUGGGUAUUCUGAUACUGCAAUAUACACAAAUAGACUGGGGGUUUGGGUAAGGCCCCUGAGAGCAAGAACAGCCUUGGGUAUCUGGGCAGUUCUUAUCCACACCUCUGUCUGGGAGGGAGAGAAAAGGAUUCUCCUAUCUUUCUCCCUGCUGAGCACGAGGGACCUGCUGGGACACUAUCUGCAUGUAUGUGUCCAGAUAUGUACAUGCAAGCUGACCAGCAAUUCCCACUGAUCUGCCACCAAGAGCACCAAUUCAUGCUGGAGGAUCAGGUGUUGGCCCCAAGACCCCAAUGGGAGCAGGGUGAAGAUGAGGCUAGAUACCCACCCAAGUGGUAGAAACCUCUGCAUACUUCCUAAGACUGGAGCCAAGGCACCCUCCAUCCAGGUGCUAUGGCCGCGACCAUAUGAUGCCUGACUCCAGAAGGCCACCAAAGGGAUAAAUUGACCCUCCGGUGGACAGCUCUGAGAGGUGUUCUACAUGGCUCUUGGGAAGGUUCCAGCAGGAUAGAGCCCCAGUUGUCCAUAGAGGCACUGUGCAAAGCCCUUGACUUGCAUCAUUUUGUGUCUUCCUCUCAAAGUCCCAUGAAGUAUAGGCUGCUGUUACUUCCAUUUUGCAAAGAAACUAAGGCUCGGAGAAGUCAAGCAACCUAGUCAAAACUGCACAGUGACAGAUAAGGAUUAAGAUCAGCUCUGACUCCAAAGCCCAUGGUCUUAAACAAACCUCCUGCCUCCAGGUGAACAUCAAGUUGGCACUAUGGCAAGGCUGAGAACCUGCAGCCUGACUUGGGCUGCCCUGAUCAUCCUGCUGCUCCCCGGAAGUCUGGAGGAAUGCGGGCACAUCAGUGUCUCAGCCCCCAUCGUCCACCUGGGGGAUCCCAUCACAGCCUCCUGCAUCAUCAAGCAGAACUGCAGCCAUCUGGACCUGGAGCCACAGAUUCUGUGGAGACUGGGAGCAGAGCUUCAGCCCGGGGGCAGGCAGCAGCGUCUGUCUGAUGGGACCCAGCAAUCUACCAUCACCCUGCCCCACCUCAACCACACUCGGGCCUUUCUCUCCUGCUGCCUGAACUGGGGCAACAGCCUGCAGAUCCUGGACCAGGUUGAGCUGCGCGCAGGCUACCCUCCAGCCGUACCCAGCAACCUCUCCUGCCUCAUGAACCUCACAACCAGCAGCCUCAUCUGCCAGUGGGAGCCAGGACCUGAGACCCACCUACCCACCAGCUUCACUCUGAAGAGCUUCAAGAGCCGGGGCAACUGUCAGACCAAAGGGGACUCCAUCAUGGACUGCGUGCCCAAAGACGGGCAGAGCCACUGCUCCAUCCCACGCAGACACCUGCUGUUGUACCAGAAUAUGGGCAUCUGGGUGCAGGCGGAGAAUGCACUGGGGACCAGCAUGUCCCCACAACUGUGUCUUGAACCCAUGGACGUUGUGAAACUGGAGCCCCCCACGCUGCGGACCAUGGACCCCAGCCCUGAAGCGGCCCCUCCCCAGGCAGGCUGCCUACAGUUGUGCUGGGAGCCAUGGCAGCCAGCCCUGCACAUAAAUCAGAAGUGUGAGCUGCGCCAUAAGCCACAGAGUGGAGAAGCCAGCUGGGCACUGGUGGGCCCCCUGCCGUUGGAGGCCCUUCGGUAUGAGCUCUGUGGGCUCCUCCCAGCCACGGCCUACACCCUGCAGAUACGCUGCAUGCGCUGGCCUCUGCCUGGCCACUGGAGCAACUGGAGUCCCAGCCUGGAGCUGAGAACUACUGAACGGGCCCCCGCUGUCAGACUGAACACAUGGUGGCGGCAGAGGCAGCUGGACCCCAGGACAGUGCAGCUGUUCUGGAAGCCAGUGCCCCUGGAGGAAGACAGCGGACAGAUCCAAGGUUAUGUGGUUUCUUGGAGACCCUCAGGCCAGGCUGGGGCCAUCCUGCCCCUCUGCAACACCACAGAGCUCAGCUGCACCUUCCCCCUGCCUUCAGAAGCCCAGGAGGUGGCCCUUGUGGCCUAUAACUCAGCCGGGACCUCCUGUCCCACCCCGGUGGUCUUCUCAGAGAGCAGAGGCCCAGCCCUGACCAGACUCCAUGCCAUGGCCCGAGACCCUCACAGCCUCUGGGUGGGCUGGGAGCCCCCUAGUCCAUGGCCUUGGGGCUAUGUGAUUGAGUGGGGCCUAAGCCCCCCCAGCACGAGCAAUAGCAACAAGACCUGGAGGAUGGAACAGAACGGGAGCGCCACGGGGUUUCUGCUGCAGGAGAACAUCAGGCCCUUUCAGCUCUAUGAGAUCACUGUGACUCCCUUGUACCAGGACGCCAUGGGACCCUCCCAGCAUGUCUAUGCCUACUCCCAAGAAAUGGCCCCCCGCCAUGCCCCAGAACUGCAUCUAAAGCACAUUGGCAAGACCUGGGCACAGCUGGAGUGGGUGCCUGAGCCCCCUGAGCUGGGGAAGAGCCCCCUUACCCACUACACCAUCUUCUGGACCAAUACUCAAAACCAGUCGUUCUCCACCAUCCUGAAUGCCUCUUCCCGGGGCUUUGUCCUCCAUGGCCUGGAGCCCGCCAGUCUGUAUCACAUUCACCUCAUGGCUGCCAGCCAGGCCGGGGCCACCAACGGUACAGUCCUCACCCUGAUGACCUUGAUCCCAGAGGGAUCCGAGCUACACAUCCUCCUGGGCCUGUUCGGCCUCCUGCUCUUGCUCUCCUGUCUCUGUGGAACUGCCUGGCUCUGCUGCAGCCCCAGCAGGAAGAAUCCCCUCUGGCCAAGUGUCCCAGACCCAGCUCACAGCAGCCUGGGCUCCUGGGUGCCCACUAUCAUGGAAGAGGAGGCCUUCCAGCUGCCCGGCCUGGGCAUGCCACCCAUCACCAAGCUCACAGUGCUGGAGGAGGACGAGAAGAAGCCACUGCCCUGGGAGUCCCAUAACAGCUCAGAGGCCUGCGGCCUCCCCACUCUGGUCCAGACCUAUGUGCUCCAGGGGGACCCAAGAGCAGCUUCCGCCCAGCCCCAAUCCCAGUCCGGCACCAGCAAUCAGGUCCUCUACGGGCAGCUGCUGGGCAGCCCCACAAGCCCAGGGCCAGGGCACUAUCUCCGCUGUGACUCCACUCAGCCCCUCUUGGCGGGCCUCACCCCCAGCCCCAAGUCCUAUGAGAACCUCUGGUUCCAGGCCAGCCCCCUGGGGACCCUGGUAACCCCAGUCCCAAGCCAGGAGGACGACUGUGUCUUUGGGCCACUGCUCGACUUCCCCCUCCUGCAGGGGAUCCAGGUCCAUGGGGUGGAGGGGCUGGAAAGCUUCUAGGGCUUCCUGGGGUUCCCUUCUUGGGCCUGCCUCUUAAAGGCCUGAGCUAGCUGGAUGAGAGGGGAGGGUCCAGAAGCCCAUGACUAAAAACUACCCCAACCCAGGUUCUCCCCAUCUCCAGCCACCAGCAUCCCCUCUCCCGCCAGUCUCCAUAGGCUGGGCCUCCCAGGCAAUCUUCAUACUUUAAGGACCAGAUCAUGCUCCAUCUGGCCCCACCCAAUGGCCUUUUGUACUUGUUUCCUAUAACUUCAGUAUUGUAAACUAGCUUUUGGUUUGGAGUUUUUGUUAUUGUUUAUAGACACUCUUGGGUGUA